UGGUAUGUGUUAUAAUGUUAAGAUUUCAUCAUUGAUAUAUAAACUAUCAGACUGCGUGGUCGGUAGUAGUGGGUUUCAGUAGGCCUUUAAAUCCCCCGCCAUUUUGUUUUGUGUUUCUUUUUCAAAAAUAAACUUUGUCUCCUCCUUUUUUUUCUUUCUUCCACUUCUUAUUCCUUUUCAUUUUCAUCUUCUAUUGUUUUUUAAAAUCUUGUACUUUUUCUACUUCCUCUUUUUCUUUUUUCUGUUUCUCCCUUUCCUUUUUCCUAUUUCCUUACCCUUUUCUUAUUUUAUUUUAUUUAAAUUUUUUCCCCCAUUUUGUUUUGUGUUUCUUCUUCAAAAAUAAACUUUGUCUCCUCCUUUUAUUCUUCCACUUCUUCAUCCUUUUCAUUUUCUACAGUUUUACGUUGGUAAAAACCUUGGUGCAUCUACGGCAUCUGCUUGUUUCCUGUCUGAGACUUUUAUUUUGUAUGUGUUUCCUGUACUUGUGACGUGCUGCAGCUCACCUGAUUGUUGUUAGCAAUUAGCAUGUGUUUUCUACUUCUCUGCCGACAUGGUUUUUGUAUCCCACUGCAUUUUGAUCGUUUUGUGGGCUAAGAAAAAUGGCGCCUCUGCCACAAUUGGAACAACAUUGACUUAUACAGUGAUGGAAGAAUGUAAUUGGUGGAGCAUUUCAGCAAGUUAUGUUGGUGGUAUGCACUUUUUGCCAAAACAGUAAUACAGUGGCCUCAUUCCUGUCUUCACGUCGAAGAGAUGCCAUUCUUGACGCAUUCUUCACUCACGUCUAAAGUGAGGAGGCUCACCGUGCCUGUGGUUGAGCAUGUUGAUUGAUUCCAGCAGUGCUGCCACCUAGCUGCAGGCUUAUGUCUCGUUCAAGGAUGAAAAAGGACGCUGAUAGUGCUGCACUGUCCUAUUUGUGCUGCAGAUGGACCGUUCAAACUGCGCUGCUUCAGCUUGGAGGUUGCAAUUAUUUGCCACUUUUUUUUUUGUCUCCUUUAUCCUCUUUCAUCCCCCCCCCAGCCCCUCGUCCGCCCCCUGCGCCGUUAUCCCACCCCUGCCCCCCUCUGGUAGCCAAAGCAGCAUUUAAUUGUGGAGGACUGAUCCGGGUAAGGAGUAAUCAGAUGAGGACGCAGUCGGGGGGGGAGUCACGUGGGCACGCAUGCCGGCUAACCGGAGAUUAAUAACGCGGGCAUCUCGAUUGGAGUUGCGCUGCAGAGGGCGGGAGCGAGGCAGAAGAGCGCAGGACGGUUGCGGUGACAGCAGACGAAGGACUGACAGUGGCGAGAUGAGGAGUUAGAGCGCUGAGUGGGAGGAAGAAAGAGUGGGAAUAGGAGGCAGUGCAGUGCAGAGCGAGGGAGAGAGAGAGAGAGAUGUAGAGACAAGAACGUCUCUCUGCCGUGAGACGCUGAAGGGCUGCAGGAGGAGACGGAGGUCCAAAAGAGGAGGAAGCGAAGGCUUUAGGUUGGAGGCAAAAGUUGUGGGAAAAGAGCCCAGAUCGAGGAGUUAGUUGUUGGCAAAAGUGGGAGGAAAUUUAUGGAACGGGAACCUAGUGGUGGUGGACAUCGUUGGUCAUCAUGUUCUCUGACAGCAGAGCUCCGGCGGAGCACCGAGCCUUCAAGCCGCACGCCCCUCACUUCAUCCCGUGGCUGCGCAACAGUCUCAAGUCUGACCUAGGGCUCGGCAGCGCGUACAAAUCCAAUCCCGAGCUCCACCACAACUCGGCGCCCCUGGAGAGGACCAGAGGGAUCGGGAUCUUCUCCAUCCCGGGCAAGAACAAGGCGAAGAAGAGCGAGCUGCGCUGCAAUGGCGCGGGGGUGGCCAGGAUGCUGCCGGCGGUGCUGAGGGGGCAUCACAUCCUGGGCAAGAUGCAGAAGGACGCCGGCAGCCCCGCCAAGUCCCAGCGUGACGAGUCCCCGGUUAAGAAACAGGCGCCGCCCCCUUCCCCUGCUCUUCUGACCGAGGCGCCGGACUGCAAGGCGCCCCUCGGGGUCUGCGUGGAGGAGCGAAGGGAGGAUGUUUGGGACUACACGAUUCACCAGCGAGACCUGCAGUCGUCCGUCUGGCUCAGUUCGAACCCCCGGGGACCGAAAGACGGCUUCAGGUCCAGCUUCAGCUACAUCCGCAGGAACUGCCAGAGCCAGCGAGACCUGACCGUGCUCAGGGAAGCGCCACCUGUGGAGGGAGUCAACGGAGUCGUCUUCUCCGCCGAGGUUCCUCGCACCGCUUUGGGUUUCACCACAACUCUACGAGGACCAGGGAAACACGGCUCCAAACGCGUGCCGCCGGGGUCCCAGAACCAGACCCGGGGGGUCCGCCACCGAGCAAAGAGCGAGGAGGAAGCCCAGGGGGCGGCCUGCAGCAGGAAAGUGGUACGCAGGCAGCUCAAGAAGGUGAUGGACAACCUGGAGCAGGUUCUGACCGCGCUCAGGGAUGUUCAGCAGGAAAUGAAAGAGGUGGUGCAGCAGAUUGACUACCUGACGUCCUGCGUAGACCUGGAUGACCAAGACCCGCACCACGAGACCAGCUCCUCGUCAGGUUCCAGCUCCGACGAGGUGACGGUCAUCAGCGCGCAUCCCUGGGCCUCGCAGUCCGAAGACCGCCGAGGGGCCACCCUGAGGAGAGGUCCGCCCAACGGGAGUAGACCUCCGCCGCUUGAGUCGCGGUGCCAGCGGAGCGUCAGCGGAAAGACCCUCGGGAGUUCUCCCAAACGAGGAGGGCUUCUGACCUUGGUCCAUAAUGCCGAGUCGUCAUCUUUGUCCCCUCAAAGAAGCCUCCCUGUCAGGCCCCCCACCCCUGGAUUGUCCCCGCUGACCGUGAACCAUCAUGCGCCCGGCAGCCCCCCCUCCCCCUCGUCCGCCGUCAUGAUCAGCCCCAUCUCCCCCGUCUCCCCGAGGCCUCACGCCACCGCCGUCCUCUGCCCAUCUGUCGUCGUCGACCGCCCGCCGACCGUGCGCUUCUGUCCGCCCGCGACGCGCCGCCAUCCCUCUGCCAGCUGCCCGCCCACGGACUCGGAGACGACGUCCCACGGCGAAGGAGAGAGACGGGCGUCGUCGACGGGGCCUCCUCCCGCAGCGCCCGCCAAACCGGGGCAAGGCCGCAGGGGUCGCAAGCCUCCGCCAUACCCUCACCACAGAUUCUCGCAGCCCAGCAAGGAGCCCCGCAAGGCUCCGCCGUACCCCGAGAGGAGAAGACUGCUGUCAACCACCGUGUGAGACGCCACCGCCGCUUCAAAACAUGCCGGGGCGUUUCAAGGCUGGCCGAGUUGAGCUGGGCAAGGUUCCGAGGUGACAGGACGUCGACUUGGCCUUUUGUGACCUGGAUGUGGUUGACUUCCUGCUGGGACCCCCGAGGGACACCUGGAGGUACUCAAUGAUUCCUCAAGCAGCGGAACACACACACACACGAUUCCACUGGUGUGUGUGUGUGUGUGUGUGUGUGUGUGUGUGUGUGUGUGUGUGUGUGUGUGUGUGUGUGUGUGUGUGUGUGUGUGUGUGUGUGUGUGUGUGUGUCACCAGUGGAAAGGAGGCGUGUCCACAACAAUCGCUCAGGGACAAAACAAAAAGGUGUUUCCUUCCCCGUGCCUGAGUUCAUGUCGUCACCACUUUGCGGCCGGGACAAACACUUUGGGACUUUUUUUUUUUACUUUUUUUUUUUUUUUUUUAACCAUGGUGUGUCUCCAUGGCAACAAGUGGUUGAAAUGUGCAGCAAGGAAAUAAAGAGAAGGAAAGCAAAGUGGUUGUCGUCCUUCAAUGCUGCUCAACAUGGAGGUGUGUGUGUGUGUUGUAUUUCUAGCCUUUUUGAGACAUGAAGAAGGAAAAGUAUCUUCCAUAUGAGGAGGUGUGAACA